UUGUUGAUGAUUCAUGUCCAGCCACUCUGCUCGACCUUUAUCAGGGAACACGCGCAGUGAAACGUUCCGUCGAAGGAUAAGAGGGACUCAGCCCCUUUCGAGGCUGGGUGGGGCCUCAAAUAUUGUGUCCACAUUCAGUGUUGCUUGUAAGUUUGCCACCCCUCAACCGCUGAGGAACGUGACCCCCAUUCGCAAAUUCUGGCUUCCUCGCUCCAAUUUAACGUAUGCUAAAGUCUGCAUAUCAUAUGCUGUUUUCUGCGCUGACUGGGGCGAGGGAGAGCAUGUAUUCUCACCAGCGAGGCGUUGGGUCGACCGCCAGAAGCAAUCGCUAUUCACAUUAUCACCUGAGGAGCAACGUAUGAUGGCAAAUGAUUCUUCACAAAGUAAAGCGCCAUUAACAACGGCACAGUCCAAGUGAUUGAGGUAUGAAGUUCAUGCAUGCUCGGUUCUUCCCCUUGCCCAUCUGGGAUUGAGAUUUGCUAUCAGUGAAUCAUCAGGAGUUCAAAGACAUGAUUGGUUAGUCGGGUGUGAUUUGGGGCGAACUGUACGCCUUUACGCCAUGAAUCCUACUGGAGUAAAGAAAUUCCAAUGAUGGUCGAUGAUGAUCAUGACUGAUCGAGCUGCGGUGGCUCCGUACCAUAGAUAAUUUCCCCCCAAGUUUUACACCCAUCACUGGCCUCGGGUGGUCUAGACAUAACAUCUUUUGAACCCUAGAUGAAUUAAUGUGAAGGGCUGAUCGGGUGACAUAGCUAAAUCUAGGCUGUAUGAUGCCAGAUGAUGAGCUGGCGCCGAAGUUUGACUCAUCUGUGAUAUAGGGGAGAGUCUGAAAUUGGAAAGGGUCAAAUACAAAUUAUUUAAUG